UAGACUACAGGUUUACGAUUUUUUUCAGUUUGUGCUUUUACUUCAGAUAUACGAGUGUAUAGUUAGUCCAAUUUGUCUACAAGAUGUUGAAUAAUCCACUGUAUAUAAAGAGUGAUCGCGAAACAUUGAUUCCUGCUCAUUGUAAUUUUGGAAAAUACAUGUUAGAUUGUCUUCGUAAAUACAGCGAUGAAAUUUCUUUGGUUAAUUCGGAAACAAACAAAAGUAUAACGUACAAGGAAUUCACUCAGUAUGCGGUGGAUUUGUCGUACGGCCUUCAUAAGUUGGGAGUGAGGAGAGGGGACGUGGUGGCGCUGGGAUCAGAGAUUCGCUACGAGUUCCUCCCGACCAUGCUAGCCGUGGUCAUGACUGGAGCCACCUUCACAUCUUUAGCCUAUGACGAAGGCCAAGUGCCCUUGCUGCAGAAAUUGAACCAAAUUAAACCGAAUUAUUUCAUACACACUGAUCUUUUCUGGCAAAGAUAUGGCAAGGUGAUAAAGCCGUUGGACUUUAUAGAAACAUGGAUAAGUUUAGAUGAUAGUGCAGACACAGGCAUUCCUCUAUCCACGUUGAUGGAGACAAGUGUGGACGCAAACUUGUUUGAGCCUAUUGAAGUGGACGGUAAAACGGAUGUGGCAGUUGCACAAUAUACGUCUGGAACUACUGGCACGUCCAAGGUUGUUUUGAGUAAUCAUAUCAAUUGCAUUUUAAUGUCGGAGAAGCCAGGUUUGAUGAAAGAUACAUUUAAAAUAAUGAGCUGUAAUGCGAUUUGGACCAGUAGUUACGAGUGUUUCUUUACUAUUACGUUUUUGUUGUUCGGACGAAUGAUUGUUUAUCACCCGGAGCCCACCUACGAAACUAAUUUGAAUGAUCUCCUAAAAUACCAGGUCAACUUCGCAGUUUAUGAACCUUCCUUUUUGACUUUGCUUUCGAAACAAGAAUAUGUAGAGGCGAAUAAAUGUCUGCUUGUCCUUUUUUCUGCCGGCAGCGCCCUACGCCAAGAAGUUAUAAACAAACUUAAGGAUAGAUAUCCGAAGUUGCAAUUGCUGCAAGGCUACGGAAUGACAGAAGGACAUCCUUUGACUUUUGAAAAACCAGAUUUUGUAGAGAACAGACUUGGAAGUGUUGGGAAACCCUGCCAUUAUACUACAAUAAAGAUAAUCGACCGGUUAUCAAGACGCGUGCUUGGUCCGAAUCAACAAGGUGAAAUAUGGUUCCGCGGCCCAGUGCUUAUGAAGGGAUACUCCCACACCGAUGACAAAAUGCAGGAUACCGAAGGAUUCUUCAACACCGGGGACCUGGGUUACUACGAUGAUGACCACUUCCUCUUCAUUGUCAACAGAGCAAAAGACAGCAUUGUAUACGAUGGCUAUGAGGUGGGAGUAGUGGACCUGGAGAACCUGCUGCUGCGGCACGGGGGCGUGCGCGAGGCGUGCGUGGUGGGCGCGCCGGACGCGGUGUACGGGGACCUGCCCGCCGCCUUCGUGGUGGCCGCGCCCGGCGCCGCGCCCGCCCCGGACCAGCUAAGAGCAUACGUCGACAACCUGGUGGCGCCUCACAUGCGGCUGCGCGGCGGAGUGCGGUUCCUCGAUGCUCUGCCGAAAAACAAACGAGGGAAGAUCCUGCGAGAAUCACUGAAAAACUUGCUGAUUGAUGAGUUGAUGACAGAUGGCAUCAUAGAACAACGCGGACUCGGGUGUACCGAUGGCGUGGCAUCUAAAACAAGAAACAGUCAAUCCGGUUAAAAAAAUAUGUUGAAUGUUUUUUAAUAUUUGAAAUUAUUAUAUUAUGUUAUAAUCUACAUAUAGGUACUUAAUAAAUUAUAUGCAUACAAUGUUCGAAAUGCAUUUCGCAAAACACUGAUCGCCAUAAUAAUUAUGAGCGAAUAAUCAUUUCGCCUUAAGAUUUACAUGGGAUACAACUCAGAGUCGUUGUAGUGUAAAGGUCUCGGCUCUCAUUCGAAAGGCUGUGGGUUCGAAUCCUGCCUUAAAACAAGUGGCUCGCUUGCGAGUCGACUGCGACUCUGACUACCCCUGUAAUACCCAAUAGGUACUCUUUUCGCUUAAUUUCGAAACUUUGAACUUUUAUUCGUACAAUUUAUUUUUGUAUAACCUUAGUGUUUACCAUAAUUAAUUAAAAUAAUAUACUUGCUUGUAAAAACUGUAAUAUUUUAUUCCUACAUAAGUACCGAAAAUGACUAAUAUAUCAAAUGAUCACGGAAACCUUUAGUUCCAGUUUCACCAUACUCUGUUAGAUCAUAACAAGGGAUUACUUGUUGACUUUGACACAUCUGUCAAGAAUUUA